CUCGAGAGGGAUAUCUGAUCUUCGGUGACUUUGAGGAGUUGGAUGCAGCCCGCAACCGCCCUCGUCUCGCUCUCUUUCUCAUGCAAGGCGUCGUGCGUCCCUUGCUGCUGCGGGCAUCGUCACUCCGGCAGGAGAUCCGCGCAGCCUGCGCAGCCAGGAGGCGCGACGACAUCGACGUGCUGCUGGCGGAGGUCAUACGAGUCUACACACUCCCCCAGCCCACCACCGACACCACAAGCUCAGCUGCGCGCUCAUCGUCAGGACCACCCGAGCUCAAUGGCUCAUCAGCAGCACCUACUAGUAGUGGCUCUCUCUUGAAUGGGUCAUUGAGUGUGACCGCUCAACAGCAGCCGACCGCCACUGCGGAGCUGAUAGAGAUCGUCAAGGACGUGGCGCGUCAGCGGCAGCCCGCCCCACAGUUCUGGAAGUUCGUCACGACAGAGGCCGCGAGGCUCGCUGAAGACGGCAAGAAGGGGCAGAGUCCAGGGGAGAGUCAGGGGGAGGGGGACGGCCUGCUGGCGGCCCUGCAGCUCGUCUACUGGGCCCUGCAGGCCGGGAGUGGGAACGCCCUGAACGCUGAGCUGCCCGAGCUCUACCGCCGGCUGUCCAAGCAGCUCAACACUGACAGCUCCCCUCUGUCGAGGUCGCCCGAGUCGGCCAUGUGGCUGCUGCAGGUGUCGUCCAUCAUCAAGCCGGCGCCCUCGACCGACGCACUGCGUGUGGCGGUUCAGUUCCUGCAGGACCACGUCUACAUCUACGACGCGGCGCAGUGUGUGGCGGUGCUGCGGCAUUUGUCGUCGAUGCAGUGGCCCGCUGUGGAGCUGGUGCAGGCCAUGAUGCGGCGGCUGGGGGGGAUGCUGGACGACCUCCGCCCCUAUGACAUGGCCUGGUGUGCCUACGCCCUGGCGCACCUGCGGGAGGUCAGCGACACCUUCCUGCACGCGCUGUCCCAGGCCUUUAUUGCCCAGAUGCACAACACCCGCCCGAGCGACGUGUCCAGGUUUCUGACCGCUUUAACGCGGAUGGGUGGCAAGUACGCGAUGGAGCUGGGAUGGGGGAAGGUGUGCACGGUAGACGCCAUCGGUGUCUGUGUGUGUGUUGGGCGGGCUGUUGCAGUGACGAGGGCAUCUUGGAGCGUUGUGCUGAGCGGAUCUGUGCGUGGGACGUGUCGAUGCGUGAGUCGCCUGACGACUGGACCACCCUGACCAGCAUCGUCGAGGCUUUCAGCAGGCUCAACUACUCACACAUUGCCUUCCUCAGGUACGUCGGUGCAUGACACACAUCGACCGCAACACACACAGUCACACACAGAGGGACACCUAGGCACCCACGACGCGUGUGUGUGUGCGUGUUGGGUGUGGUUCGUUCGUUGGUUCUGUCUUUCAGUCACGUGAUGCCUCAUCUGACGCGUCUUGCUGCCGACGUGGACGACGUCAACAAAGUGAUGCCGCUGUGGUGCAACGUGUGGCGCCUGGGGGUCAGCGAGCCACUCACACAUGACCAGCAGUUGCGGCCAUUCGUUGCCUUUGUGUCGUCAUGUUUAGGUGUGGGAUGGCCCGUUGCGAGGGGCGCUGAGGCGAAGGGCCAUGACUGAAGUGGACCAGCUUGACGUGCCUGUGAGCCCACGCAGCCCAUCCGAUGGUCAUCUUCCUGCUUGCUCACGAGUGGGCCUUCAUUGUCUCCUCUCAGGGCAUGGCCAGGGCGACUGAACUCUGCUACAGCUACUUAGGUACACACACACACGCAAACACAAACACACACAGACACAUAUAACAAGACGCACCAUCGAGCCCCCCUGGCUGUGUCAGGUUUCUCGGACCUGCCUCUGUUUGUGGGUCUGAUGCGGUCGACAUGGGGCCGCAGCGAGUGGCUCGAGAGGUUCCGUGCGUCCGCCACGCCACAGCCCUACUACGGCCACAACAACAGGGAGCGCAAGGAGCGCGAGGCCCAGGCCAAGAACAUAUCCAUGCUGGGGAACAACACAUGGGUGAGAACCGAGCUUAUGGGACGAGCUUGCGGGUGUGGAUCGAGCCCAUCCGAGGCGUUUGUGUAUGUGUCAUCAGACCGCCUUGCACUGCCUGACGUGUCUGCCGAGCUGCAACGAAGGGCCCAGCAACGGGGCCCUGUGGGAGCAGGCCUCACUCGACGACCUGAGCCGCCUGCAGACGCUGAUGGCCGACCUGCCCACCGGCAAAAAGGUGAGAAGGGCGGCAGCUGGGGGAGAGGCGGACAGGUCGAGGGAAAUGCAGAGGUGUGUAGGCGUGUGUGUGUGUAUUGCUCAACCAAGUCAGGGGGACGAUCGUAUGAGCUCGACGUUCCACGAAGAGGUCCUCAAGGCCAUGCCCCUGCGGCUGCAGCAAGGUGCACACACAUACACAACCACAACCACCCACACCCCCGAUAUGCCUGCCUGCCUGUCUGUCUGGCUGGCUGUGGUCGAUCUCUCAGCGACGACAAACGAGGUGCGUGCGUCCAAGUACCUGUUGGACUUGGUGCUCCCUCCCUCAGCGACCACACUUAUCCCGCCAGAUCCACCCCACACCUCCGCAGAACCUGACGACUAUGGCCGAUAUGACCACAACGAGGUCACCCUCCACUCUGACAGUGAGAGCUUUGAGGGCGAUAGCGACGGCGGCAACACCACCACCAGUGGCCGGCAGAUUGCGCGUGUCAAGCAGCUGGUGCAGCUGCAUCGUGCGGGCAUUCUGUCCACCGAGCUGUCACCGUCAUGCACGGUGUCCGCCAUCGUCAUCCCCGACACUGCUGUUGGUGAGUCCAGUGACGACGGCAGCGUGUGGCGCCUGGCGCGUGACAAGCUGCUCACUGCCAAGCCCCCACGGCCCUUUGACACCAUCGACGUCCAUCGGGGACACAUCCAGCGGGCGGUCGUCCGCUACGUGAACAAGGUCAUCGCCGUGUUUGAGCUGCGACCGCCUAAUCCACACAGACAGCGGCAAAAGAAUAACAAGGAGAACAAAGGCGACCAGCGGCAGCCAGAGGGACAAGCUGAUCAAUCUGACUCAGAGGUCGCCGGCGAGACCAACACAGCCGCAGACACCGAAGAGACAACAGUGGAGGCGCCCGAGCCACAGUCUGAAGAGCCCUCACAGCAGAGUGAGGCUGAUGCUGCAGCAGCAGCAGCUGAGGCACGACCUCCCCAGCCCAAGAAGUGGACCUUGAAGGUGCGGCACGACGUCAUGUGUGCGCCUGAGCAGCACAUGGAUUUCUUACAGAGGGAGAUGACCAAGAAAUGGACGAGAGCACACAACAGAAAAGGCAAUACCAGCGACAAAGGACAGCAGCAGCAGGAGCAUGACCCUCCGGCAGGCAGCGUGUUGUCUGUGAGUGUUGACCCUCUGUUUGUGCGUGUGCACGUGUGUGAGGGCGACGAGCUCUACGCCAAGUGCGACCUGCUCGUCGACGAGAUCACGAAGCCCUCGGGUGGCAGCAAGAAGAGCAAAAAGAAGAGGGGCAUGGGCGAGAGUGAGGAUGACGGGGGGUCAGAUGAGGACACAUGAUGGAGAGAUGGAGUGGCGGACUCUCCCAAUGGAAUGUGUGUGUCAUGUGAAUACCGACCAGUCAUUGUGUAUUUAUUUGUGUGCCGUUCAUAUGGGGCGCCCUCUAGCUAGACGUUCAAGUUAGACAUUCAAGACCCCACACAGAGAGACGCAAAGCCGCUGUAUAUGGCGGUGCGGUGCCCGAAGGAAAGCACUUCUUUCACGUGUGCGUGUGUGUAUGUCAUGAUGCUGUCUGUGUGGUGUUUCCCGGUCUCUGCAACGACGUCUCCUCUUCUACUCCGUUGAGUGCAA